AUGGCGGCGGCGGCGUCUCGCGCCCUCGCGGCGAUCGACGUCCGCGCUGGACCCGCGCCUCGAGCGGAAAAUGGACCGUGGGGGCGUCGCCCGCGUCGUCAAGGUGUUCAUCAACAUCAUCAACAUCAACGCCGUCGUCUCACACUGGUUCCCAUACGACCGCGUUCGCGUGGUGAACGCCGUUCCUUAAGGACUUCGUCGUCGUCGUCGUCGACGUCCUCCACCUCCUCCUCCUCCUCCUCCUCCUCCUCCGCCUCCCUCGCGGAGACGCAUCGCGACGGCGAUCUGCUGUCGCUCACGCUCGCGGACGCUCCGCCGUCGCUCUCCUCCGCGCCGCUGCUCCUCCGCGCGUGGUACUUCGAGGUCACGUCGUCGAGCCGCGCGGAGGCGAACGACGCGGAGGACGACGACGACGACGACGACGACGCGGCGCGCGAUCGCGACGCCGUCGAGGGCGUCGUUCGCGGCGUCCGAUGCGUCCUCGCGAGAGACCCCGCGACGCGCGCGCUGUCGCUCGCGCCCGCGCCGCCGGCAUCGCAGCCCGCGCCGCUCGCGCUUAGGAAGUGGGUCCGCGACGCGUUUCCGGCGUGGGCGUCGCUCCUGGAGGAGCUCCGCGACGACGGACGCUACGGACGCGGCGACGCCACGGACUUCGCGACGAGAGUCCAUCCGAAUCCGACCGGCGACGACGCGAUGCCGUGCGCGGUGACGGCGGUCGAGUGGGUGACGUCGUACGACGCGCUGAAAGCGGAGGUGCUGAGAGAUCCGUCGUUUUGGCGCGACGGGACGCCGCCGAACGCGCCGCCGGCGACGCCGCGGGAGCAAGCCACGCUCAACGCGGGCGAGGCGCGUCCUAUUCGUCACACCGGUCCCCAUACGACCGCGUUCGCGUUGUGA